AUGGCGCCAGAUAGCCAGAGCCCGGAAAAUGAUGAAAACGCUCCGCCCAACCAGAUCCCUCUGCAGGAUCUCUCCAAAUCAGGGGAAUCCCACGAGCGUGGCAGAGGUCGCGCGGGGAGUAGUCUCUUCUCGCGGCCAUCGCUAGCCAGGAGGAUGUCAGGGAGGAACUACCAAAGUGUCGCAGAGGACUCUCCGAUCGAUUCGGCUGGACCGAGCAGGAAUCCAUACCAACACGCGCCAACGGGCUUCACCGAUGUCACUUCGCCGAUCGACGACCUGGGGGGUUUCGCGCAAGCGAUGUCAUCAGUUGGCCUCAGCUUCGAUGGACCGCAAUCGAGGGCGUCGAUCGAAGACCCCUCGGUGUCUCAUGGGUUCAAUGACGCUGCAUCCGACCUCGAUGUGAUACCUCUAGACGUGUACGAUCCUCACGACCCGCACGGCGGGUACAACGCCCCCGCAGACGAAGAUAGGGUUGGGCUGACGGAUCCUCGAUAUCUCCAACCGAUGAGCGGCGCACCGGAGAGGCGGAGUACGGACACUGCUGGCGGCCACUCUUCACAUUUCAGCGGGUCGCGACUGGGCGACGAUCUUCCACACCUUGAAGAGGGACUGAGUAGCCGGCGUGGCAGCAGUAUGCGGGAUCGGUCGCGUUCUUUGUCUCCGUCAGGCUCGGGCGGGGCUCUGCAGCGCGCUAGCUCUAUGGUCAAAUCCAUGUCACAGCGUGUGGUCAACCUCAGUAACGAGCCCGAAGUUGUACAACAGACGAUUGAAAGAGAGGAACUCAACAAAAAUGCACGAAUGGAUGGACCACCGGUCCUGCCUGCGAUGGUGGACUACGCAGAAAUUACCAACCAACAGGCCGAGACAGCUCGAGAGAAGCGCGCAAGCAAGAUGUGGAAAGACCGGAACAAUCCAUUCAGAGGCAGAUCGCUGGGGCUGUUCGGGCCGAACCAUCCUCUUCGACUAUGGCUGUGUGAUAUUCUAGUGAAUUCAUACAUGGAGCCCUUUAUUUUGGUUGUCAUUGUCAUACAAACAAUCUUGUUGACGGUGGAAGAUGCACUUCCGAGCUACGCAAAGACGCUGAAAUGGGGAGAUAACAACCUUGAUUAUGUUUUCCUUGUCAUUUUCUUCAUCUACACUCUCGAGAUCGGCUCCAAAAUCUUGGUGUCCGGUCUUAUAUUCAACCCCGUCGAGUACAGCACACUUAAUCGCACCCUCGGUAUCAGGAAAGCCAUCGCGGAAAAGGGCAGGAACCUGAUUACGCCGCAUCGACAGAUGACGACCAAGAAAUCAUCGAUGCUCCAGCCCGAGCCACAAGCCUCGAUUCUACGUACCUUUACUGGAAUGAACGGGCUGGAUCCUGAGGUGUAUGAUGACCCGCUGCACAAGCGUCGUGUUAGGCUUGCUCACCGAGCUUUUCUUCGACACUCAUUCAACCGCCUAGACUUUGUCGCAGUGGUCGCCUAUUGGGUAUCCUUUGUACUUACUCUUUCUGGUGCUGAGAAGGAGCAUCAAUUGUACAUAUUUCGAAUGCUGAGCUGCCUUCGUAUAUUACGUCUUCUGGCCAUGACAAACGGCACAUCGGUGAUCCUCCGAAGUCUAAAGCGAGCAGCACCACUGCUGGUUCAUGUCGCCUUUCUAAUUGGGUUCUUUUGGCUUCUCUUCGCCAUCAUUGGGAUACAAAGCUUCAAAUCUAGUUUCAAGAGAACCUGCGAGUGGAUUGACCCUGAAGGUCAGAACAACUACACCCUGAAUAACGCAUGGGACACUUUGCAGUUUUGUGGAGGGUACCUGGAUGGCACCACUGGAGAAAAGAGACCGUGGCUUGACCCCGAUGGAAUCGACUCGGGAUUCAGCCCGAAGGGAUAUAUUUGUCCCCAAGGUUCUGUUUGCAAGGAAGGCUCUAACCCCUACAAUGGAACUAUGAGCUUCGACAACAUCGUACAUUCCCUGGAGUUGGUUUUUGUGAUCAUGAGCUCCAACACCUUUACCGACCUGCUCUACUAUACCACUGACAGUGACUACCUCGCAGCGGCUUUGUUUUUUGCCUGUGGGUUUGUCAUUCUAAGUCUGUGGCUGGUCAACCUACUCGUCGCCGUUAUCACCCAUUCGUUCCAAGUUAUCCGAGAAGAAAGCAAGCGCAGUGCGUUUGCUGUUCAGCAACUUGAUCUGGUUGACGAGGAUGAGACAAUGGCCCGCGGCCCCAGUCAGCUCAAGCGCAUCUAUGAUCGGACAAACUGGAUCUGGGUCUGUCUUAUCAUUUUUGACCUCAUAGUGCAAGCACUGAGAAGCUCUACCAUGUCCGAGUCCCGGGCGAAGUUCAUCGAUACCACGGAGCUUGUCAUGACCCUGGUUUUUCUUGUCGAAAUUAUCCUGCGAUUUGCCUCAGAUUGGCGAGUCUUUCAUCGAAAACAACGAAAUCUGGUAGAUCUUUUCCUCGUGAUCAUCACUUGCGUGAUUCAGUUGCCGCCUAUCAGGAACUCAGGUCGUCCAUACACGGUCCUGACUCUCUUCCAGAUCCUCCGAGUUUAUCGAGUAGUGUUGGCAUUUUCUGUUACCAGAAAGCUGAUCGUGGUUGUCUUCCGCAACACUGGCGGUCUUCUCAACCUGAUCUUUUUCCUCUUCUUGAUGACGUUCUUGUCUGCAAUCUUUGCAACACAACUUUUCCGAAGCCAGAUUCCAGAGGAAGAUCCCACUGGAUCUACGAUCAUGAUUCAGUUCUCAAACAUCUACAAUUCUUUCUUGGGGAUGUACCAGAUUCUCUCGAGUGAAAAUUGGACAACGAUCCUCUAUAAUGCAACCUCAUACACCACUAACUACAACACGGCCUGGAUUUCCGCGGCCUUCAUCAUUCUUUGGUUUAUAGUGGCCAAUUUCAUCAUUUUGAACAUGUUCAUUGCUGUCAUUCAGGAGAGUUUCGAUGUUUCAGAAGACGAAAAGCGAAUGCAUCAGGUUCGUGCCUUUUUGGAGCAAAAGCAGGUCCAUGGGGCUCCUCAAGGAAAUCUCGCGCUUUCGAAGAUUCUCCGCUUGGGCCGAGACUCAGCCCGGUACAAAGAUCCCCUUGACCACGGCCCCGCCGCGAUCGAGCUGUUGCUGAAGGAUGCUGUGGUCAAAGAGUUCCUUGACGACGAAGAGAAUUCCCAAGAAGAAGAUAGACCCAAGGUCCCACGAAGAGCAAGCACAGUUCUGCCUGAAGGCGCCGCACAGGAUACAGUUCAGCCAGGUUGGAUUUCAAUGUUAUGGACAAAAGCCAGCACACUAAUCAUGCGCCGAGAGCCAAAUCCUUUCUACUCGAAGCUGAAGUUUUCGCGAGCUUAUGAAGAGCUGGAUCCACGGACCAUGGCAAGAGAAGUCGUCACUGCAGCAGAGCAGAGAAAGCGAGAUCAGCGGGACUACUUGAUCAAGCAUCCCAAUUACAACAAGUCAUUAUUCCUCUUCCAGCCACAGCAUCCUGUUCGGAAGCUCUGUCAAAAAAUUGUCGGUCCAGGUCGUGGCCAUCAGCGAGUGGAGGGCGGUGAUCCGUACAAGCCAGUGUGGUACACCUUUUCUGCUUUCAUCUACGCGGCAAUUGUCGCCAUGGUUCUUCUUGCUUGUAUCACAACGCCAUUAUAUCAACUGCGAAACUUCAGCAGUGACCGCAAUUGGUUCGUCUAUACAGAUCUUGGAUUUGCCGUUGUGUUCACGGUUGAAGCGACGAUCAAAGUGAUCGCUGAUGGAUUUUUCUGGACACCCAACGCGUUUUUCCGGAGCUCUUGGGGUUUCAUAGACGGAAUAGUGUUGAUCACUUUGUGGGUCAGCGUCGGUGGCUCUCUCAAGGAAGACUGGAAUGUUUCCAGAGCCAUAGGUGCCUUCAAAGCACUGAGAGCGCUCCGGUUAUUGAACGUCAGCGACAGCGCCAAGGACACCUUCCACUCUGUCAUCAUUGUUGGCGGAUGGAAAGUCGUGGCUGCUGCGGCAGUUUCUAUGAGUUUCCUCAUUCCGUUUGCAAUUUACGGUGUCAAUCUCUUCAAUGGGCAACUGGUCAGCUGCAAUGACGGUGACUUCUCUGGAAACCUGACUAAUUGCGUCAAUGAGUUUACAAGCUCGCCAUACAACUGGGAUGUUCUUGCUCCACGGGUAGCUUCAAAUUCUUAUUACGACUUUGAUAAUUUCGGCGACUCCCUCUUCAUUCUGUUCCAAAUUGUCUCCCAGGAAGGCUGGAUUGACGUGCAGGAACAUGUCAUGGGCAUCACCGGCAAGAUGAUGCAGCCGCAAGAUAUGAUCGCACCGGAGAACGGCUUAUUCUUCGUUGUUUUCAACUUGCUUGGUGCAGUCUUUGUCUUGACCCUGUUCGUGUCUGUGUUCAUGCGCAAUUAUACAGAACAAACCGGAGUCGCUUUCUUGACAGCUGAGCAGCGUUCUUGGUUGGAGCUGCGGAAACUCCUCCGGCAGAUCUCGCCCUCAAAACGAUCUUUUGACGACAAGAGCAAGAAAUUGCGGCUAUGGUGCUAUCGAAUUUCCGUCAAGAAGCAUGGUCGCUGGGCAUGGUUUGUGACAACUGUUCUUUGCAUCCAUCUACUCCUACUUGUUGUGGAAUAUUAUCCUGAACCUGUUUGGUGGGAUGCUACGCGAGCUAUAAUAUUCUUCGCAUUCAUGAUUGUCUACAUGGCGAACAUCCUGAUUCGGCUAAUCGGACUUGGGUGGCAUCGUUUCAGCCGAAGCUCGUGGGAUCUUUACUCUCUCCUCGCUGUUCCUGGCGCUACCGUCACCUGCAUUCUGGAUCUCUCAUACCACACGCACGUCGUGGUAGAGCUUAACAAGCUUUUCCUUGUGUCUGUUGCUUUGCUACUGAUCCCGCGAAACAACCAGCUUGACCAACUUUUCAAGACAGCCGCUGCCAGUUUGUCCGUGAUCGGCAACCUUCUAGCAACCUGGUUUGUCCUAUUCUUGGUAUUCGGCAUUGCGAUGAACCAAGCAUUUGGCCUUACCAAGUUCGGCGAUAAUGAAGAUCACAACCAGAACUUCCGCGAUGUGCCCAAGGCGCUUAUCCUUCUGUUCCGAGCCAGUUGUGGAGAAGGUUGGAACGAUGCGCCGUGGGCCCGAUGCCUCUUUAUUGCAUGGAACCUGAUCAGCAUGUAUAUUUUCGUCUCAUUGUUUGUUUCACUGAUCUUUGAAAGUUUCUCUUAUGUCUAUCAACGGAGCAGCGGACUCUACGCAAUCAGUCGUGAUGAGAUCCGUCGGUUCAAACAAGCGUGGGCCACAUAUGAUCCAGAUGGGACAGGCUUCAUAUCCAAGGAGCAAUUUCCCCGGUUACUUGGCGAGCUCUCAGGCGUGUUUGCAGUACGGAUCUACGAGGGCGAAUUCAUGGUCGGAAGAAUCCUUGACAAGUGUCGAGUUGAACCCCAGAGGAACUCCAUGGCCUCGUUGGCAAGGAACUCGAUGAUCUCGCUGCAUGAACCACGGCAAUCGGUCCAACCAAACGCCCGCAUCUCGUCUGGCGUGGAUCUUGACGAACUUUCUCGUAUCAUAUCGAAGAUCCCGGUACAAGCCAUUCGAGAACGACGCGCACGAUUGAAUACAUUCUACGAAGAAAUCCUGGUGUCAGCUGACCCCGAUCGCGGCAUUUCCUUCCACCAGUGCUUGAUGAUUCUCGCGCAUCACAAUGUGAUCAGCGAUAGCAAGAGCCUGCGUCUCGAAGAAUUCCUCCGUCGUCGCGCACGGUUGCAGCGCGUGGAAGAGGCUGUCCGUCGCAACACUGUCGUUGGUUUCUUUGAUACUCUUUACUGGUCUCGCCAAUUCCGCCGCCAGAUCGAACGCAAGAAGAAUGGUCGAUUGAGCGUCAUUCCGACAUUCACUGUACCAGAGAUCUUUGUCGAUGAAGGUGACGAGCCCGUGGACGGCGACCAACCGGCUUCUGGUGCCAUGACACCGCAAACACAGCCCGAAUUCGACUCAGGCUUCCCUCCCAUGCUUUCGCCGGUCUCCCAACACCGACGAGCAGAGUCUAGCCCAAGCGGGCGCCUGGGGACUCUUCCCCGCAUUGACACCAACCUGAGCGGGCCCGGGUCUGGAUCCAGUACACCUACCAGAGAAUGGUCCAGUAUCAGCCCCUCGCGCACUCCACGAGAGAUGUAUGGGGAUCGUACUUCCUUCGAUACGAGCGAGAGCCAUGAGAUAUCUUUGACCCCUAAUCGCUCUCGUACGAACAGUGGAAUGAACGCCCAAGACGUCAUGCAGUCGCUAGAUAACUCCGCCUGGGGCGAGAGUAUUCGGCGCAGUUUUACGCAUCGACGACCGGGUGACAGAACCACCGAAUAG